AUGCCCCCUACGCGUCCGGUGAGCGGGUCCGCAGAGAUCCAUGACAUCGUCAGCUACCCCGCGCCAGAAGCAGCCCAGAUUAACGGAUUGCUCGUCGGUAGCAGUGACAUAUUAGCGGCCAGCGCCACGCUACCCCCUCAAGCGGAUGCCAACCUCUCGGGCUCUUUGGGUGGCACCGCGGGGUCGAGUCCUUCUGCGGUCGACCGCGGAGGACCCGUCCCCAAGCGUAGGAAGGGGAAUAAAUCCAAGAAGCUGCCAGCUUCAAGUGGCAAGAAGCCUUCGGCUAUACUUGACUGGACCGAGAGCAUGGUGCGGGAUCUGAUGACGCUGCGUUUUGACACCUACGCGGACCGCUUUAGCAGCGCAAAAAACAAUGCAGCCCUCAAGGUAACGUGGCUCCUUCUCGCCACGGACAUGAGUGAGCGGCAGAAGACACCGAUCUCGACCGAGCAAUGCAAAAACAAGCUGAAAUGGCUGAAGCGCAAGUGGGCGGACUCUGCUGGCAUGGAUGGCCACACACUAGCCGAUAGUGAAGCCGACGGAGGUCCACUCUUGUCAUGCGACGAGGAAGAGGAGGAGGAGGAGUUGGGGAAGCAGACAUCAGGCCAAAAGAACAAGAAGCGAAAAACCAUAGGCGAAUCGUUUGAAAUCGGGAUGCAAUGGUUGCGGAAGGCUUUCAGGCCAUGGCGGCAGCCAUGGCACCAACUCAACAGGCGGAGAAAGGCAUGGACACCGCCGUAGGUGACCUGAUCGACAGCCGCUUCCGUACGAUGAUGCAGCGUCAGGAUGAACAGUUGGUGUAAAUG